UGCAGUUAUCCAGUCUGACUGGAUUGUUUUAAGUGACACGAGGUAUAUUUCUGGCGACAGGGUCCAUUUGUUUGUUUGUUUGAUUAACAAUUUCGCAUUGAAUUCUUUGAAAAAUGCAAACCUUCUGGAUUCUGCUCUUGGCUGUUCAAAUUAUGUACGCCUGUGCUGAUUUUAUGUCUAAGACAUAUUAUGAACAACGGAUGUAUGGUGAACAGCUGAUUAUCAGACUGUCGUCUGGGGCUGAGAAGUUGCAAUUUACCUAUAUGGAUGAAAUCGAGCAGGAGAUCCUUUGGUCCAGAUCUACCAAAGCUAAAAGGGGAGUAGUAACAGGAAGAAAUGAUGACAGGAAAUUUGUAAUUGCAUCGGUCACAUUCAAUGAUGAAGGAACCUACACUGUGCUGAACUACUGGAACAAAAAGUCAUCCAUCUAUUUCUUGAAGGUUAUCACUAAAACAAGUUCACAGGAUUGUGUGGCUGGAGAGUCCUUAAGCAUUUAUCUUCUUGGUCUUCCGAAGAUUGAUGCCACGCUACAUUUUUCAAACCAAGAUGUAAACCUUACUCUGGUGGAGAGUGGCUCACCUGUGGGCAACUUGCAUCCUGACUACAUGGGACGUGUCAAGGUGACUAGCAGCAGCAUUGAGUUGCUCACUGUCAAUGUGUCAGAUGUGGGCAACUACACACUCCGUGAUCGUCUAAAUCGCAAAGUCAGGAUUGUAUCUAUGAACUUGGUUGAUUCUCAUCCAGGGUCAAAUGCAGGUCCUCUAGCUGCUCUGCUGCUGUUACUCGGUAUUCCACCCUGUAUUUGCUGCUGCUGUAGAAAGAGGAUUUGUAAAAAGACCAGCCAACACACCACCAACACCAACACAACCACCACUGUGAAGUACGACAACCAAAUUAAUCCACCAGGACCUCCACCAGCCUACGAUAGUCCUGCAGUUUCUGCUGGAUCAACACCGGCCUAUCCUCCUGGUUACCCUGCUGUUGGUGAGAGUACUGUUCAUCCUCCUCCCAAUCCCGCAUUUCCUCCUCAACCACCCUACAGUGGAUCACCUGCUAUGCCCCCUAACCCUGGCCAUGCUCCUGGUUACCCUCCUGUAGGUGAGGGUACUGUUUAUCCUCCUCCCAAUCCCGCAUUUCCUCCUCAACCACCCCACAGUGGAUAUCCUGCCACAUCACCUGCUAUGCCCCCUAACCCUAAUCCCCUUUACCCUCCUGGAUCUGGCUUUCCACCAGCUCAGCCUCCUCAGUGGAGUGAUGCUCCCAGUAACCAACCUCCUCCGGCUGGUUUUGCUCCAGUGAUGUAUAACGCUCCUUCCGUCAAUGAGCCAGUCAAAGGAGAAAUACUGCCUACAACACCACUACUUACACCUCCACAGCCCGAGGUGGCACAGCAUCCAGCCCCAGACUCUGCCAUUCAAUUUAGCAUCAACCAGGGAAAUAACUCAAGCUCCAACUUCCUGUAGGUUCUCCUCCCUCUUGGCUAUUUUAUAAACAAUUAAAAGAUGCAGUAGUUUUCAAAAAUGUGAAUGGCACUGACACAUAUGUUCAUAACUUGAAAGACAGCAAUUUGAUUUUUAAUGGAUGUGUUCAUGGUGUAAUGAACUGGUUUUAACUAUAGAAAAAUUAAGGGCUAUUGUAGAUUAAUGAAAUACAAAACUUUAUUUUUAAUUGCCUAAUACUAUGUUUUGUACUUGGUGUACUGUGUUCAUAUCAUUUUAGAGAAAUAAAUAAUAAAAUGUUACAAUUUUACCUUAUUUUUUAAAGAAUCUGUAAAGAAUGAAUUAUACUAUUGAAUUUCAGUGUCUGUACAUACUGGUUUCUCUCUUGUUUUUUAAUCUCUAAUGUGUAGAUAAAGAAUGUACUAUACAAUAGGUUGCACUAAUGAAAAAUAUUGAGUUUGAGGGUGAAGGGAGGAAAUGCAUGUAUGGAGUUUGUGCAAGAUGGAAUCAGAUUGAGGUUAGGUAUAAAUGUUUUAUAUUAUCAAAUAAAGACUUAAAUGCAUUUAGAAAUAAGAUUUUCUUAUCCUUUAGAAUAGAAGUGUGUGAAUUACCCAACAAAACCAUAUUCAAUUAGCCUGUAUGGCGUUUCAUACCUACUAAAUAUUACACAGCCCUGAUAUCCAUGCUCAAUAAUACACUUUAUAUUAAUUAACUACAUUUAAGUGUCAAAUCUAAGGCUUGACAAAAAAUGUUAAUGGUGAUGAUAGAUUAUUAAAUAUGCUGACAUUAGAAAA